CCUAGAGAUGGCCUCAGCUGAAGCCUGGUGCACAUUCUCACUAGCUAGAUGUUAAUGCGGAAGCAGUCAACUAUAAAAACUUUGAAAAGACCAGCAUUUGAGCUGCCUGCUAGACAUACAGCUACCGCGACUGUACUCCCAGCUCCAUGUCAUCAUUGUCGCCCUCUUCAGUUCUUUUCCAUUCUCUGAGAUCUGCUUAGUAUUAGGUUUGUCAUGGUUCCGUACUUUGAGUUUUAGAGGCUGACUUCCCAUCUCUUAGGUCUCUCUCUUUUCCUUUUGCCGCCUACAAAGACAAUCCCUUCAAGUCCUGAUCGACACCCAUGACCCUUCCCCUUUUUUCUGAUCUAUUGAAAAAUGAUGAAAAAUUACCAUAAAACCAUUUACUUCCAUUGAUUUCCUCUCCUGAAAUACUUCCAUCCCGAUAUGCUUGCUCAGGUCCUGUCCAUAUUAGGAAUUAGUGCAGGCGUCGAAAAAGCCCUUUAGUCUUUAUAACUAUUAUAGGUAACUAUAUAUCAUUUGAUACCUUAUCAGUAGUCGGUCGAUCGUUAUCAGCAGUCCUACUUUUAUUUACCUUCCAACAGUCGAAACUAUACAUAUCGCAUCCCUGACAACAAUAGAAACUAUUGCUAUACAAGUACUUUGAUAAGUUUUUCUUUAAAGGCAAAAGCGGGUAUGCUAAAUAAUAUAGAAGUUUAUUUUCUGUUUCUGUUCUGAAAAAAAUAUAGAAUAGUUUUUAUUGAGAAAAAAAAAACGUUUUAUAUCAAACAAAGGGUAAGGCACAGGACUAAAUUUAUGUGAGAUAAAUAUAUAUUAGGUCGGACACCAUUGAACGAGAACACUCGUUUAGUCUAGUGAACACAUGUGAAACAGGCGACAGCAUUAAUAGAUAUGCCAUUUUAAUCUGUAUGUCACUGUUUGAUAUCAGCGGUCACGUGGUCGAUAAAAUGUUAUCACAGGAAUAUGACAGACUCGCUGGACUUUUGUGAGCAGGUUUGUGAAAUUCGGUAAAGUUUAUUCAAAGUUUGUUUAUUUUCAUGGAAAAGCAAGAUUAAUUUGAGUGGGAUUUAUGAUGACAUGGGAGGACUUCGUGAAUGCAUGGUUGUCGUCACAAUCGGUGUGUGCCUGGGGUCUUCUGUCAGAGGUGCAGACGUCACAUGCCAACCGCCCAACAGCACAGAAUACUUCAACAGUCUACCCGGCAUACCUAAACUAGCGGAUGCUUUCCACGUGUGGGUGGAGAUUAGAACAGAAGGAAGCAACAGAACGGAGCUGGUCGAGGAGUCUGUGGAUAACAGCGGCAACAGAGCCGUCCUCCGCCUCCUCGACAAUGGCCGAGAAACCAAAACCAUCUUUCUGUACGACUUGAACCAGACAUUUGUCUUCAGAGACACAAACUGUACAGUAGCUAACAUCAUUUCCGACCCCAGCCUCUUCGUUUCCAAGGCACAGAAUGCGAGUGGUAUGACCUACCUCCCGACACAACUAUUCUUCAAUCUUUCUGCUGCCAAGGUAUAUGUCGGUAGACAGGAAGUCAGGGGCAUACCUUGUGAUCAAUGGCACGCGUGUGUAUCCACGCCGCACGUGAAUUACACUGUGGAUUUUUAUUUCACAGUGCAUGAGUGGCAGACGCCUUCCAGCAGCCCGCAGGUACCCGUCAGGUUCAUGGUGCAAGGAAAUCAAGCACUUGACCCAGGCUCCCCGUCUCUCUUCAGUCGCGUUUAUGACUUCUUUGGGUAUGAACCUCAGAGUGUCGUUAAUGAAGAAGUCUUUGAGACAACCAAAGGAAUUGUGUGUCAUGGAAGGGAAACAAUGUGGGUUAUACCCGUCCUAACUGGUGAAUAUUAUCAUCACUAUCGGCAAGAGGCCGUCGAUGUUUUGAACAAUGUUGUCCGCGGGUCAGAGGUAUGGUUCGACUCAAAGAACAAGUUUUCUCGAAUGGAUUAUAACCUGCCUGAUGCGGGGCCUGUCUCAGAGGUGCACGACUUCAACUUUGGGGUGCGUUACCUAAGAGAUGUGGGUUCAGGACAGUGCACACCAACGAGCUUAGAACAAGAGGCCAUCGACUCCAGGCUAAACACUCAAGCUUACCUAUUGAAUGGCAGCUAUGUGCUUACGAUUAAAGAUCCUAUAAAUUCCUUUCUUGUUGACUCUGAUUUCAGUUACUCAGGACAGCGGAAGACCAGGGGGGUCAUGUGUAAUGUGUUCACCUCCCAGCGCUCCAACUUUGACUACUUCAACAACGGCAGUGCUUAUACGGCUACGAUUGAAGCUUACUUUGAUUUACUUCACUUGAACCCCUUCAGACUGGAGGUGACCAUUCCAGAGCUGGGUGUCGACACUAUCUUUAACAUCUACGACUACGACGACCGUUCACCGGAUGUGGAAGUCUUUGAUGUUGCCAGCUGUUUUAAUUCGUCCGCCAGGCUCGACUUUAGGGUCCGUUUUGCAGACGGCUAUUACUACGACUACGACACUGAGCCGAAAAUUAGCAUAGAGACCAAUGGGCGUAGCACUCUAGCAAGCAUAAUGCAAGUCAGCCUGCUGCGCGUCACGAGGUUUAGGGUGGAAUACGACGAGUCCUCCGUCUACCUGCUGGCAAGUCUUCUCGACCGCACCCCGUCACUAGCCCAGUUCACGCGUCUGGCGAACACAGUCAUCGAGCAGAACGACGACAGUCAGUUCGACAACAUCCCCAGCGCCGCCGCCUGCAGCGACCUGUGUGUGAACAACCCCGAGUUCCUGUGCCAGAGCUUCGAGUACUGUCCUCUUGACCAGAAGCCCUGCAGACUCAGCAGAAGCCACGUCAGCGAUGGAGGAGUGUCCGUUGUCACCAGCUGGUGCGACUUGUAUUCAAGGACUAUUAAUGUUCAAGGUUCAAUAGAACCAACAAUUAAAGAGGCAUACUCAAAUCUUCUGGAUAAGUUGUGGUCUGGAGACUUUUCCAUUUUUGUUUCAUUUGGUGAAUUCAGUGAAGGUUAUUUUCCCUUAACUGCUGUAUCUUCAGAAAUAAUGUUUGGUCAUUAUGAUGAUGCGCAACUGCCAUCCCUACCAGCCAAGUUCUCUUAUCGCAUGGAGAUUGUCUUUCCACAGGAAAGUUUGGUUAAUGUCUAUGAUGUAUGGUAUGACUCACCAAACCAGCUUGUGCGCAUUGACUUCCGUGAUACAGUCCCAGGACCUCCUUACUACACAUCCUACACAGUUAGCCGCAUCCAUGACUUCACCAGAGGGAUUGCAUAUGACAUUGACACCCACCAAGGCAACUGUACUGUGAGUCCUAUCCAAAGUGUAGGCGACAUUGAUGUUCAGCUUCUGAACAGCUCAAGAUCAGGAGCAGGAAUAGAGAUGGUUAGCAUGAAAUCUCCUUCACAGCUGUUUCACCUGGACAGUACCUAUAGAUAUACAGGUCAGAAAACUGUGAGAGGCAUCUUGUGCGAUGUUUUUGAGUCAGUAAGGUCUAAUUUACACAUUGGGGGACCAGACGGUGGUAUACAACACCCAAUCUUCCAGUAUUUCUUUAUAUCUAGUGACUGGUCAUACAUUGGUGACAAUGAAGAUGAUGCUACAGUGCAAGCACCUUUGAUGCUUACUGUGACAGACGCUGAGGCAAAGGUGUACAUGAUUUACAAUUUCUUUGACUUCAAUGAUGAGUAUUUGACUUCUCAGAACUUUGACAUAAGCCCAUGCUUUUCUGAUAAUCAAAGGAUUGACUUUGUCAUUGAUUUUAAUCAGACUUAUUAUCCAUACCUGGCAACACGUGAGUGGGACUUCAAAGAACAAGUUCAGUUGAAACUAUCAUCUUUGCUCCGAAUAUCACCACUGCGUCUGCAAGAUCUACAGGUUGCAUACAAUUCAGACCAAACAUUUCUUGUUGCCACAUUGCUUGAAACUGUGGCGCCUCAACUUAAUUUUGGUGAGGAUGGGUCUACUGCACCAUACCAUGCCACUAAAAUGGUGCCAGACUCUGAUGUUGUAAGCUGCGCCAAUGUGUGCUAUAAUAGUACUAGCAUGCUGUGCAACAGCUUUGAUCUGUGUGAUGAUAAAACCUGCUUACUCAGCACCCUCCAUGUCCCAGAUGGCAAUGCCACUGGACAGUCAGGACACUGCCGCCAUUUUUCUAGAUUAACAAAUGCUACAUACGCAGAACCACCUUUGGAAAGAGCAUAUGCCAUCAUGAAGGAUUUGGUCUACAAAGGUUUGCUUAGCAUUCAGAUACCUGUUCCUGGAAAUGAAUCACAGAAUGCCACCUACACUGCAAAGGGCAUCAGAAAUGAUAUUUUACGUUCAAAGCCCCCAAGCGAUACUGAAGAAGGGGACCUUCACAAAUUUACAGUUUCUGAUAAGAACAUGAGGAUGCGUGAGCCAAGACUGGCAAUUACUGGGUUAGCAGUGGAUGACUGUGCCUCAUCCUGUCUCAGCGAGCAGUACUUUGAUUGUGAAGCUUUUUCAUUUUGCUACGAUGUUGGGGAUUGCUUUCUCCAUGAUGUUUGGCCUGUAGACCACCCUGAGCUUCUUGAUACAUCCUCCACCUGUGACCUCUACAGACGACUUUACAUCGAUGAGUUUAUAGAGUACCCAGGCCAAAUCCUGGAAGGGGCAGCAGAUAUAGUCCUGAAGGCAUCGUCUGUAGAGAUGUGUGCCAGGCAAUGCUUCCUGGGCCCAGGUUAUCCGUACAGCUGUAGAUCUUUUGACUUUUGCCCUGGCACUAAUGACUGCCUGCUCCGCCAUGUGCAUAUGAUAGACAUAGAACCAUCUGCAGUGGUAAUCAACUCUACAUGCACCCACUUUUCUCGAAACCACCUCAACGACUUUGAUAAGAUGACCAACAAAGUGUUGCCUAGCCUUUGUUGUGAUGUGGUUUAUAAAGAUGUUUCACCACUUAAGUGUGCUGCUUUGUGUCUUGACGACCUGACCUGCCAGAGUUUUGAGUACUGUACUGGAGAAUGUCAUUUUUCCUCUACAACUGCAAAGCUAAAUCCAAGCAUGACAGUCAGUGGAACAUGUGAUCUUUAUAUAAUGCAAGACGAAGCAAGAGAGGUGGACAGAGCACCCACUGUUACUCCACAGGCUCCCUCUUCCAGUGCAUCCCCUGUCCCAGCAAUCCGGUCUCCAAUAUUAUCAAUCCAGACUCUUCCAAGACACAGUGCCUUGAUUGCAAUAAGUGAUGCCACAGAUUGCCCACAGAAAACUGUAGAUGAAGAUUCAAGUAAUACUGGGCCACGUGUUGGUAUCGCCUUUGGGGUCCUGAUUCUGGGCAUGAUCGUCGGAGCUGUUAGUGUCCUGCUAGUUCACCGUUAUCUCAUUCGCCGUGUGAAAACUGACACAAUAGAGCUACAGUCUGGUUCUCACUGACAGCACCCGGCACUUUGGACCUGCAUUUCCCAGAUUUAAAUACUGAAUUUUGUGUGUGUGUGCGCGCAGGUGUGCUUUUCCCAGAGUUAAAGACUGAUCCAAUGAUUUUGUGAGAGAGAGAAAGAGAGAGAAAACUGUUAUUUAUCUUUUAGAUAUCUGUGUAUCAUAGAAGACAUGAUACUGUUCAAAAAUAUUUUUAUUUGGUGUUUGCUUGUUUUUUAUGUAUUGUUUACUAUAAAAACUUUUAGAAGACCAGCAUUUGAGCUGCUGCUAGGCAUACAGCUACCGCGACUGGGAUCCUAGAUCCAUGUCAUCAUUGUUGCCCUCUACAGUUCUUUUCCAUUCUCUGAGAUCUGCUUAGUAUUAGGUUUGUCGUAGCUCCGUGAGUUCCCAUCUCUUAGGUCUUUCUCUCUCUCUCUUUUCCUUUUGCCGCAUACUAACAUUUUCCCUGCAAGUCUUGAUCGACACCCAUGACCCAUUGUCUUCCACAAUUGUUUCCGCUCUCCCUUGUACGGACACACCAACGGUAAACAAACGUUCGAGAUAAACUAUUAAUGUACAGUAAGUUAGACGUCAAGGGCUGUAAUAAGAAUUAAAAAGCAGAUGUCUUAUCAAAGUACA